AUGAACAGGGCUUUUACGUGCCUCCGCUGCCGGGCGCCGCGACCCCGGGUGCGGGCCGCCGCCGCGCGCGGCUUCGCAGACAACGGCAAGCGCCCGUCGAUGGCGCCCAAACCCAUCAUCGACAUCAGGCACAUACGACAGAACCCGGAGCUGUACGAGCUCACCUGCCUGGAACGCAACUACCCGCGCCAGGCCGAGAACCCGGCGCGCAUCCUGCAGCUGCACUCGCGAUGGCAGGAACUCCAGCGCCAGGGCCGCUCCCUGCGCGAGCGGUCCAACCUGCUUCGCAAGUUCCUGGCGAACCCGGCGACGAGCAGCGGCGACGAGGACGUGGCGGACCUGCGGGCCAUGACGCGCGAACAGGUGCAGGAGGAGGCGCGGCAGCUCAAGGGCGAGCUGUCGGGCAUCGAGCAGGGCGAGGCGGCCGCCGUGGGCGAGAUGGAGGCGCUAGCGCUCGAGAUGCCCAACCUAACGAGCGACUACACGCCGCGGGGCCACGAGCCCGUCGUGCUCAGCUACAUUAACGAGCAGCCGCGGUUCGACGAGGACGCGUCCGAGGAGGCGGUCUGGCGCUCGCACUUGCACAUUGGCUCCGAGCUGGGCAUCCUCGACUUUGCGGGCGCGGCCGCGUCCUCGGGCUGGGGCUGGUACUAUCUACUGGGUGAGGCGGCGCAGCUCGAGCAGGCGCUGGUACAGUACGCGCUUGCCGUCGCGACGCGGCACGGGUGGACGCAGGUGGCGCCGCCGAGCAUCGUCUACAGCCACAUCGGCGCGGCGUGCGGGUUCCAGCCGCGGGACCAGAACGGCGAGCAGCAAGUCUACGCAAUCGCGCGGUCGCAGGCCGACGCCGACAGGGGCGUGCCGGAGCUGUGCCUGGCGGGCACGUCGGAGAUUCCGCUCGCGGGCAUGCGCGCCAACUCCACCAUCGACGCCGAGGACCUGCCGAUGCGGCACGUGGCCGUGUCGCGCUGCUACCGCGCCGAGGCCGGGGCGCGCGGCGCCGACACCAAGGGCCUGUACCGGGUGCACGAGUUCACCAAGGUCGAAAUGUUCGCGUGGACGGCGCCGGACGAGGGCAAGGCGCGGGACGUGUACGAGGAGAUGCUCGACAUCCAGACGGAGAUUCUCUCGUCGCUGGGGCUCUACUGCCGGGUGCUGUCGAUGCCGGCGACGGACCUGGGCGCGUCGGCCAGCCGCAAGGUGGACAUGGAGGCCUACUUCCCGAGCCGGCGGCAGCACGGGCUGGGCGACGGCUGGGGCGAGGUGACGUCGGCGAGCAUGUGCGGCGACUACCAGACGCGGCGGCUGGCGACGCGGACGCGGCUGCAGGGGCGCAUGACGUUUCCCUUUACGGCCAACGGCACGGCGCUGGCGGUGCCGCGCGUGCUGGCCGCGCUGCUCGAGAACGGCUGGGACGAGGAGACGGCCACGGUGGCGGUGCCCGAGUGCCUGCGCCCGUGGAUGGACGGCAAGGAGCGCAUCGGCGGGCGGAGGAGGGGGACGAGGGCGGCGGCGAAGAAGGCUGGUGAGCAUCAGGAGGAAUGA